AUGGGUUUAGACAUUGUACUUUUCCGUGCCGAUAAAGGUGGAAAUCCAGAUCUUAUUAGACAAUCACAAAAAGUUAGAUAUGCAAAUGUUGAUGCUGUUCAAGAAGUUAUUGAUUUAGAUAAAGUUGUUAAAGAAACUAAAUAUAGAUUAGAUAAUACAAAUGCUGAAUAUGCUAAACUUAAUAAAUCAGUUGCUAUGAAAAAGAAAGCAGGUGAAAGUGCUGAUGAAAUUAUUGCACAAGCUGAAGAAUUAAAUCAAAGUAUCAUUAAAUUAAAAGCUGAAGUUAGCGAAGUUGAACUUUUACUUAGAAAGAAAUUAAGACCAAUUGGUAACAUUGUACAUGAAUCUGUACCAAUUGAUAAUAAUGAAGAUAAUAAUCAAAUUAUUAAAACAUGGGGUGAAUGUAAAACAUCAGAAGGUUUAUUACAUCAUCAUGAAUUAUUAGAGAUGAUUGAUGGUUAUGAUCCAGAAAGAGGUACAUUAGUUAGUGGUCAUAGAUGUUAUUUCUUAAAGGGUAUUGGUGUUUUAUUAAAUCAAGCAAUCAUUAACUUUGCAUUAAUGCAUAUGACAAAGAGAGGUUCAGUACCACUUCAAACACCAUUCUUUAUGAAUAAAGAUGUUAUGGCAAAAACCGCCCAAUUAGAACAAUUCGAUGACGAACUUUACAAAGUCACCGGUGACAAUGAAGAGAAAUACUUGAUUGCCACCUCUGAACAACCAAUCUCUGCCUUCCAUCAAGAUGAAUGGAUCGAAGAGAAAGAUUUACCAAAGAAAUACGUUGGUUAUUCAACUUGUUUCCGUAAAGAAGCCGGUUCACAUGGUCGUGAUACUUGGGGCAUUUUCAGAGUACAUCAAUUUGAAAAGAUUGAACAAUUCUGCAUCACUGAACCAGAGAAGUCUUGGGAUAUGAUGGAGGAGAUGAUCAAUAACUCUGAACAAUUCUACCAAGAGUUGGGUAUUCCAUAUCGUGUCGUUAACAUUGUUUCUGGUGCUCUCAAUAAUGCCGCCUCAAAGAAAUACGAUUUAGAAGGUUGGUUCCCAGGUUACAAUCAAUACAGAGAGUUGGUCUCUUGUUCCAAUUGUACCGAUUAUCAAUCACGUGAUCUCGAAAUUCGUUGUGGUAUGAAGAAACAAGGUCAACAACAAAAGAAAUACGUUCAUAUGUUAAAUUCAACACUCGCUGCCACAACUCGUGUCAUUUGUUGUAUCCUCGAAAAUUAUCAAACUGAAGGUGGUAUCACUGUUCCAGUUCCACUUCGUCCAUACUUGGGUAAAGACUUUAUCCCAUUCGUUAAAGCUGCUCCAAAACAAAAAGCUAUCCCAAAACAAAAAACAACUACUCCAGAACAAAAAUAA